AUUGGCAAAAAAUGGAGAAAAUCAGGCAAAAAACGCGGGGAAAAAAUGCAGAAAAUCGGGGAAAAAGUCCCGGUGUUGCGGCUGAUCCGGUUUUCCCGGCGGAUCCCGGGGAUCCAGUGGAUCAGCCGCUGACCGGGGACUACGAGGUGUCGGUGGGCGCGGCCGGGGGCCCCGGCUCCUCGCGGGUGAUCUCGGCGCCGGAUCUCGGCCACUUCCUGCUGCGCUGCCUGCGCGACGCCGAGUUCGACGGCAAGAGCGUCUACGUCAGCCGCCACUACGCCAAGGAGUAGGGAUC